AAAUGGAGAGAACAGCGGCAGCAAGCGCCAUGGAUUGGAGUAUUCAUCUUGACAAAUCCUUGCGCCGCUCCAACAACAACCCUGCAAAACGUAUGGAAGCUAUUAAAGUGGUUGGGACUAGACUGGAGUGGUGGAACAAGGAACCAGAACUUUCUAUGGCUGAAUUUGACAUGUUUGGCUUAGUUCCUGGAGAAGACAAGUUAUUUGCAAAUGCCAUUCUGUUACGACUGGCAGAAACAUUCAUGUCAGGUGAUAAACACACCAAGCUUUCUGUUGUAAAGAUUUUCCUGUCUGAAUUGAAACACAGGAAAAGUGGAACUUCUAACAGGAAAAACAAAGGAAUUUUGUCGAAGUAUAAGGUAGAGAAUCAUUUGGAACUCUUGAGGAGAAUAAAGUUGUGUUUUAACUCUGGUGAUGAGGAUGUUAAAGCACUGUCGUUAGUUCUUUUUGGUUGCUGGUCUGAGUUUUGUAAAGAUAAUGCCGAGAUUCGUUAUCUGAUAUUAUCUAGUGUUGUAUCAUGCCAUGUUUUGGAGGUAAAGGCAUCAUUAUUUGCUGCCGGAUGCUUUUGUGAGUAUUCAGAUGAUUUUGCUCGUGUGCUACUGGAGAUGCUAGUAAAUAUGAUAUCAUCGUCUGACAUGCCAAUUGCUGGCAGGCUAGCAGGAGCCCGUGCUUUUCCAAAGUUAGGAUGCUCUUCAGCUUUAUCUUGUAGAGCUUAUGAGGAGGGGCGAAAACUGAUUUUAGAUUCUGUGGAAGAUGAAAUUGUGACGACUAUGCUGAUUUCACUAUCGAUAAUUGCUUCCAGAUCAGCACUUUUGAUUCUAAGGCAGGUAGAUCUCCUCCUUCCAUUUUUAAGUCAGGAUAAGUCAUUGUCACAACAAGCAACAUCAUUAAGAUGUCUACAUAUUGUCUUAUCAAGAAGUCGGUUUCGUUUUUCUCCUCCUACAGAGCUUAUCAUUGCAAUGUUUAAUAUCUUAAAUGUGGAACUCUCACCAGUGAUGCAGCAUGAUGCUGUUCAUAUAUUAUAUGAGAUACUGAUGUCCAAGAUGUUAAGUUUCAAUUGCUCAGAAAUAAAUGAAUGUUUUACCAAGAUAUUAGCAGUUGCCGAGACUUUAAUGCGAUCUCCAUCAAUACCGAACAGACUCUUUGCCAUGCAUUUUCUAGCUGAUAUAUCUGUGAAGUUCACAAGAAGAAUAGACAUGCCAUAUGACGGAGAUGAUAAUUCUUUAGCAUCCCAAGCAAUCUUGUUUCUCUUGGAGCACCUCACUUUGCUGACAAACUCCGUUUUGAAUCUUAAUCAACCCAACAUAGAAUUGGAGCAAGAAAUUUGGAGCUUAUUCAAAUUUACAAGUCUCCUGCUAAAUCAAUGCCCUAAUCUUGGUGAAUAUACUCUAAAUAAGCUCUAUCUGUAUAUCAAAUGCCUGCUGAAUAAUGAUAAUAGAACAAUCGCAUCAAAGCUGGUGGUUCGUGUUGCCAAAGUGGCUGCUUUGUGUCUAAAAAGCAUGGUCAAAGGUGGAAUUCUGAGUGGCCAAAUUCAGAAUGUCGCAAGGCUUCUGAUUAAAGACGUAUGUGAAUGCAGCGAUUUUGAUUACUAUGUGCACAUUAUCUAUCAUCUAUUAUUGCAUCCUCUUCCUAGCUGCCAUUACACACUACAAGAAACAGAGGAAUGGAAUUCUGAUAAUGGAUAUUUGAUCAAGAAUGAAAUUCUUGCUCUUGAGAAAGCAAAGAAACUCGUGGAAGCAAAAGACUAUUGGUCUGCUUACAAGGCUGGAAAAUAUGCGGUUUUUCAAGGAGCAUGGUUCACAGCUGCUUUUAUAUUCGGAGAGUUAAUAACGAUGGUUCAGUCUGAUUCCCUCCAUCAAUGGUUAACAUCGUUGACCCUAUAUGCAUAUUCAGAAAUGCAAAUCGUGUAUUGCUGUUUACCAAAACAGCGGUCAAUUCUGUUAAGUUGGUUAGGAAAUAAUAGAUCUGCUUUACAGAUAAUAGGGGUUUUAGGGGACAUAGGUAUAACAACCAAUGACGAAAUUGAAAAGCUUGAUGGGGUGUGUAAAAUUCUCCGGGUUUCAAAGGAAAUGUUGUUGGCCAAUUCUGUUACGCCAUUCGCCCAGCAUCACUUCCAGAUUCAGUUUUUGUCUCUAAGGGCGAAUGUUAUGGAAAUUGUAGUUCAUGUCUUUAAGCUCCUGGGAACCAUUACCUUUAGCAACAGGGACAACAGGCAUUUGCAUUAUGGUGUCGAGUUGGUUAAACCACUCACACAACUAUCGACCCGUUUGAUGAAACUAGCACGAGAGUAUGAUCUAGUUGCCACAUCAUGUAUUGGCAUGGACCCCACGAUUACGAUGAUCAUUUCUGCACAUGCUCUAAACUGUUCAGUUUUGGCCUUCAUUACUGGAUUUUCUCUUUUCUUUGCCAACCUAGAUUCUGAAAAUCUUAGUUCACAGAAAGUACAGAGUAACUUCCAUAAUAUGCUUAUACAUGAUCUAGUAGCUCGACUUUGGCUUACAGACGAGGAGAGUAGCAAAGAGCUUGUGCUGCUUCAGAAGACUUGUUUUGGUCAAAAUAGGAGCUGCUUUGGUCAACAUUCCAAAACUCAGAGGCUGGAAAAUACAUAUGAAGUAAGAAGUAUUAUAAAGAUUUGCCGUCUCGCAGUCAAGGGAGUUGUUGACUUACAGAAUGCAGCAAAAAAAAUGCAUGAAAAUGAUGGUGAGAUUCUAUCACAAAUAAUCAAUGAUGGAGUUGGUCUUCAACUAGAUGUUUUAAGGAACUGGUUGAGCAUCUUCUUCAGAACCCCAACGUAUUUUUUUGGUGUAAGGCCUUCUGUCUCCUGUCAGCUGUUUGCCAUGAACAGAGACUCUGGAUUUGGUAAAAGGAUCACUGUUCUGCCAGGAUAUUACCUCCAUCUAGAUUUAUGUCUUCAAUUAAACAAUGUUCUACCAGAAUCUCUAGCUCGCUUGAAUAAGUUGUAUUGCAUCCUUCAAUGUAAAACGCCUCAUCAGCUAACAGCUCAAAAUAGAGAAAGUAAAAGUCAAACACAAACAGUGUUUCAUGAUUGGGUUGAUGAUAACGUACUAGAAUUGAAUGCCAAGCUAGUCAAGCAUGUGAACAACUAUGACAAAGAUGAUACCUUUGAUAGUCAGGUUGCAGAAACGAUUGUCUGUUUUACGCCUAAUUUAAAAGGACAAGGAUUCUCUACUUGCAUGCUUAAUGUUUCUAUGUUCCCUCUGGGCUCUUAUGAAAUCAAGUGGUGUGCUGGUUGUUUGGAUAUCGAUGGUUAUUAUUGGAGUUUGAACUCUCUAUAUUCUGGUCCUAUUUUCACUAUACAAAAAGAAUGUUAAAAGAGGGUGAUUCAAAGAAAUUACUGUCCAGCCUCCAAGUCUUCCAUUUAUUUGUAACUUUGCCAAGUAUGAAGAUAUGCACACUCGUUUGCCUAUCGGAACUGCAAGCCAGUUAAAUUUUGAGUUGAGGUGUUUGUAUUGGGUUAUGGCUUAAUCUUAUUAAUUAACUUUCAAAGUGAAUCUGUAAAUAAAUUAAUUGUUAAUAUUAUGGGAGUUGUCACUAA